UUUUUUUUUUUUUCUUCUUCUUCUCGAUUGCUUAUCUUGAUGUUUGCAAUCUGGAUUGUAAUUGUGCGGCAUCCCGUUGUGGGAAAUUCGGGGAGUUGUGGUUGGGUCGCAUGCGAGCAUAAUUCUGCUGGAUUUUGGGCUGUUAACUGGUUUAAGGGUCACUAUUAUUGCGUAGCGUAUUGAAUAUGUAGUGUAGGAACUGACUUGUGGAGCAUGGGACUGCCUUGACGUCUGUAGUCUUGCUUAACUUCCACACAUGUGAAGCUUGAUUUUCUCUCAUUGAUAGCCUUUCGUGGGUUUUCCUUCGAUUUCACUUUGUAACUUUAAUUUACUUUAUGCUUAUGGAGCUCGGUUUGGUUUUCGAUCUAUUAGUGAUGGUUGAUUUGCUAGUUUUUUUGGUUCUACAGUCUUGACUUAAAUUUUAUCUCACUUCUACUAGGUUAUUUGGGUUAGGUUCUGAACAAGCUUUACUAAGCAGGCAUUGGAUUAAUCUUCUAUCGAGGUGGAUAAUGUUGAGCUAACUUAGUGGAUCUUUUUAAGCACAAUGAUUAUGAUGUUAGGUUGGUUGUUAUUGGAUUGCGUAUGCCGAGUCUGUGCACGGGUUUUCAUGACUGUGGAAUUUAGAGCUAGAAUAGUGUCAUCGAAAACUGUUUACAAAUAUGCACAAUUUUAUACCUUAGCAAGCGGCGUUUCAUCCCUUCCCUGUAUUCUACGAAGAGGAAAUGACUUUUCAUAAGUAGCAACUGAAGAUUUUGGAGGUUUCUUUUGUUGCACUUACCAAUGAGAUGUUGUUUGUAUAGGGUACUCAUAUUCUCUCAAGGAUUCAAGUUUAUACAGAAUUGUCUUCGUAAAUUUGGCGUCGAUUUGACCUAACUCUGGUUGGAGGGUUUUACGUAGGACUGUUAGUGGUUGGACGCUUUCUGGGGCACCCAGUAUACCACCUCAGUAUCGUCAACAGGCAAGUUUUAGUAGACGUUAGAGUUAUUUGUGAUGCAACAUGCAGCAAUGAAUAACAAUUCUGAUUAGAUUGUUGUGGACGACCAAACAUAUUUUCACAGUAUAUACUAUUUUAACUGGAACUGAUGACUCGCAAACAUUACCUUAAAUCUUUCAAUACUGCGGCUGCUUGAAUUCAUGUCAUGUGAAGUGGCAGUAGUGGAAAAUUUUGGUAUUCUUUGGCACAAUUCCUUCUUCGAACUGGUCCGAUCACCUCUAAAGAAAAGAGACAGGUCAUCAUGGCUCAAUGCGUAGGUGCUUUCUGUUGGCAAGCCAGUCUACAGCGACAAUUAUCUUGUCAAGUUUAUGGCUCCAAAAUACAUAUGCUCUCAAGUGUUUCAGUCUCUCCUUUCCUGGUGCGGACAACUUGGGAAGAUUUGUCGGUGCCUCGGCUUCCCUCUGAAUUGACUAUCUCCGACAACUGUAGAGUUUCUUCAACGUACCCAGCAAUUGUUUGCUUUAGAGAUGAUGAUGCCCCUGAACUCCCGGUGGGUAGGGACUUGAGUGAUUUAAGCGCUCGUACCAGUUUUGAAGUUAGAUAUAGUCCGUGGGCAAUGCAAAUGUUAAACGGAUACGGAAAGAAGGAUAAAAACGAUUUUAAGGAGAGCACAGGUGGGCCUCCAGGAAACGGCAAAGGAGGGGAUGAUGGAGGAGGCGAUGGAGGGGGGGAUGGGAGUGACGAUGAUGGAGAGGAACAUAUUUUUCUACUACCCAUUUUGACACUUGCAUUUGCAGCAUUUCAUUUGGGAUAUUGUAUUGCUAUCUGGGUGAAGGAUGAAAGCUUGGACUUUGAAUUCUUCCGCACUGGCCUCGGUUUGUUUGGUCUGCUAGCACUUGCAGCGGUGCGCUUGAAUGCACGGACAGGAAUUGAUGCUUACAUUUUAGGGCUUGGAGCAUCUGUAGGCGUUAUGGUUUGGACAGGAGAACGGUGUCUGGUGAAAAGGGAAGGGCAUCCAGCUGGUAUAGUAGCUCUAUUUGCAGCCUCAAUGGCUGUCAUGUUUACGGCAGCUUUAUAUCAUACUUUCUGAGUCCUCAAAGGACUGACAAGCCACACAAUUCAACAACUCUUCGAUAGGAUCGCCUUGGUAUGACGUAAUAACCUUAAAAAGAAAAAAAACAUCGCUAAUCAGGUGUUCACCAUUUCCAUUCCUUCGCAUAGGUUGUUGAUUAAGUCACCCAGUGGUGCUGAAGUAGCUGGUUGUUGAAAGCCGCGGCUAUUUGUGGGCGUAGUGAGAGUGAGCGUUUCAAUAUGUCAACCCUGGUUGAUUGAAGUCCAAAAAUGGGUACAAUUGACCUAAUAUUAGUUGACGCUCAGUUUGUAAAUACAAUACAACGUGGUUCAAUGAUCCACAGCUAUAGACCAAUUUCUUUGGCAUUGGACGGUCUUCGUUAGAUUUGUACAUAAAUUAAUUUCCAAGUUCGGAAGCUUGAGACUGCAUCUUUAGUAUGACCGUGGAGGUCACAUGAGAUGUGUACAUUAUUUAUCUUUUUGAGUGUUUAUUGUCUAUUGUCAAAAAUUACGAUUUAAGG